AUGGAUCACCAAAAAAUUAUGAAGAAGUAUGAAGAUUUUUUAGCUCUAUUUGGCAAAGCAAUGCUGAUACAAAUUUUUGUUUCAUCAUUAUCACUCAUCUUGAUUUGGUUUAUUUUCAUAAUGAUUUUAUCAGGCGAGGAUAGAUUUGUGGCUUCAGAAAUUACAACAAUAAAAAUGGUAUCCCUAAUUCCUUCAUUCUCAUUUCAAAUAUUUAUGGUGUGUUAUUUGUUUGGAAAUCUACACAACCAAAAAGAUUCGAUAAUAUUCGCAUUGUAUAGCAGUAAUUGGACUGAAAUGGAUAUGAAAUGUAAAAAAAUGAUAUUAUUUAUAAUGAAAAUGAAUAAUGCUAAUUACAAAAAAUUAAAAUUAACAAGUACAAAAAUUAUAAACUUGGAAAUGUUUUUUAAAACAAUGGGUAAUUGUUAUACAGUUAUUUCGGUUUUAAUAAAUCAGAUUAAAACAACGAAUGAAUAA